GUCUCUCUCAACGGGGUCCUUCCACACCAGAACGGGCAGGUACCAACACAGAUAGAAGAAACACCAGACACAAAUGGACACGAGAGGAUUACAUUGAAGUCAUGUUCUGCUAUUUCAAGGCAAAGGCAGACCCCAGUGAAGGUGUAACAAAAGAUACAUUCAGAAUAUGGAGGGAAAGAAACCCAAAUGAAAGGCCCAAUCUAACAGCCAAUGCACUGAUUAACCAACGUAGAUAUAUUGAAAAACAACACAAACUAACAGAAAUUUAA